UAGCCCGUAUUAAAAAAAAGCCAAAAAGCAAUCAGCAAAAGUCACUGCAAUAAUUAUUUUUUAAUUUUCAGUGUGUCCUUACUGGAAGUUGUAAAUAGAUUUAUAAUAAAAAAUCAAAGAAAGCUAACUUUUAAAUCUUAUAGUUAUAGACAAGAUGAUGUGACUAUCGAUUGUGUAAAAAAGUGAUGAUUGAAUAUACAGUGUGUGCCUUGUGAAACAAAAAGCAAUCGUCGCGUUCUAUAGUACCCAACGCCAUUUUGAGGCGAAUUUUUGUAUUGUAAGUGCCAGGUAUUUCGCAAUCUUUUAAAUUUCGGCAGCAAAAGGAGUGUUUUGUGAAAUAAAAAUUGAUUAAUGAACGAAGAAAAUAGGUGGGCGGCGACUCAGAACAACUUCUUGGUGACAAGUCGUACCGAACCUACAUGUCCUGAGAUAGCGGUUGCCGAGGAUGGCCCUAGGCGGCAAAAGCGUUCUAAUUAACUGACGGACACUGCCGGCUCACAGCUGCCGCAAUCUAUAAAAAUGCCUCGACCAGGCAGUCUCAAAGACCCUGAUAUAGCAGAAUUAUUCAGUAGACAUGAUCCUGAGAAGAUCUUUGAAGAUUUACGAGAAAUUGGCCAUGGAUCCUUUGGUGCAGUGUACUAUGCUCGCUGCAAUCUCACUAAAGAGAUUGUUGCCAUUAAAAAGAUGUCAUAUUUGGGAAAACAAAGUGAAGAAAAAUGGCAAGAUAUUCUUAAAGAGAUUAAAUUUCUUAAGCAAUUGGAGCAUCCUAAUACAAUUGAAUACAAGGGCUGUUACAAGAGGGAGCAUACAGCAUGGCUCGUGAUGGAGUACUGUGUUGGCUCAGCUUCUGACAUUAUUGAGGUACACAAGCGACCACUACGCGAAGAAGAAAUAGCUGCAAUAUGUGAGGGGGUAGUAUGUGGUUUAUCUUACCUACACAGCCUCGGUCGAAUACAUCGUGACAUCAAAGCGGGAAAUAUUCUUCUUACGGAGAAUGGAACUGUUAAGCUCGCUGACUUUGGAAGCGCCAGUAUUAAAUGCCCGGCCAAUAGUUUUGUAGGCACGCCCUACUGGAUGGCCCCAGAAGUUAUUUUAGCCAUGGAUGAGGGGCAGUAUGAUGGAAAAGUGGAUGUAUGGUCACUUGGUAUAACAUGUAUCGAGUUGGCGGAGAGAAAACCGCCAUAUUUUAAUAUGAACGCGAUGUCAGCACUUUAUCACAUUGCGCAGAAUGACUCCCCAGCUCUGUCGGCACCGGAAUGGACGGACACAUUCCGCUACUUCGUCGAGGCGUGUCUUCAAAAGAAUGCUCAAGACAGGCCAUCUUCCACCAGGCUUCUUUCGCAUCCUUAUAUUACGAGGCCACGUUCACCAACUGUCCUGGUUGACUUGAUUCAAAGGACAAAAGCCGCUGUAAGGGAUUUAGAUAACCUGAACUACCGCAAGAUGAAGAAGAUUCUCAUGGUUGAUGGAGAUAAUGAGAGUGCAAUAGGAGACAGUGAAGAAACGCCUGAGGAGCCAUCGGGUGGUGAUAGUUCCAAGUCAAACUCUGCUACAUCGGAGCAUAGUGCGGCAGGUGCCUCCAGCCAGAGCUCAUCCUCCGGUAGUCUUAGGAGAAGACCUCAUGCUAUGAACGCGAAUCAUCAGAAUCAACAACAGCCUGUGUAUCAGCAAUAUAAUCACCAACCAUGUCAUCAAUCGAGAGCACGUACAAUCGCACGCAAACGCGCACGUAAAUGGUAUAAUUCAUGUUGGUGUGUACGCAGAGACGAUUCGGCCGACGACUACGUCAAUCGCGAAGUGCUUCGGGACUACGCUAAUCGCGAUUCCCUCGGCGAUGAGGGUUAUAGCGAUGACUACGCGAAUAGAGAGGCUAUUAGGGAAGCCCAACGCGAGAGGGAGAGGGAGAGGCAGGCGAACGAGUAUCGGGAGUACGUGAAUGCGCCGUCCACGUGGCACGACACGGGAGAUGAUAACCGCAACACGCAGCGGCGGCAGACGCAUAGGGGAGUUAGUAAUAACGUGUCUGCGGCAAUAUCGUUGAUAUCGGAACACGGCGCAAAUAACUUCGCAACGAUACGGACUACCAGUAUUGUUACCAAACAACAGAAGGAACAUAAUCAGGAGAUGCAUGAACAAAUGUCAGGCUACAAGCGCAUGCGUCGUGAGCAUCAAGCUGCUCUCUUGAAGCUCGAAGAGCGAUGCAAGGCAGACGUAGAUGCUCACAAGGCGCAAUUGGAUCGGGAAUACGAUGCCUUGUUGCAACAGCUCUCUAGAGAUCUAGAACGAUUGCAGACUAAACACGUGCAAGAACUGGAGCGUAAGCAAAAACAGAAUGCAGCUGCCGAGAAGAAAUUGGUAAAAGACAUCACGGCGCGCCAGGAGCAAGACAAGAAGGCCUUCGAAGCGCAACGCAAGAAGGAGUACAAGGCCAACAAGGAGAGGUGGAAAAAGGAACUCAGUAUGGAUGACGCGACGCCUAAGAGACAGCGAGAUGCGACCUUACAAUCGCAGAAGGAUAACAUGAAGCAAGCAGAAGCUGCCGACGAGGCCCGAAUGGUGCGCUCUCAGCGGGAGUACCUCGAGCUGGAGCUUCGUCGGUACAAGCGUCGGCGCAUGCUGGCUCUGCACCACAAGGAGCAGGAACUGCUCAGAGAGGAACUAAAUAAGCGCCAACAUCAGCUAGAGCAAGCGCACGCAAUGCUUCUACGUCACCAUGAGAAGACGCAAGAGUUGGAAUAUAGGCAACAAAAGGGUGUUCAUGCUUUGAGAGAGGAACAGUUAUCAAACCAACACGCAACGGAACUUGCGAACCAGCGUGAUUACAUGCAGCGAGCGGAAUACGAACUACGCAAGAAGCAUGCGCUGCAGCUCAAACAACAACCCAAGAGUCUUAAGCAAAAAGAAAUGCAGAUCCGAAAGCAAUUCCGAGAGACAUGCAAAAUACAGACGCGUCAGUACAAAGCUCUCAAGGCGCAGAUAUUACAGACGACGCCAAAGGAACAACAGAAAGAGGUGAUCAAAUCCCUGAAAGACGAGAAACGACGCAAGCUGGUGUUGUUGGGAGAGCAAUACGACCAGAGUAUUAGUGAGAUGCUGCAAAAGCAGACUGUGCGACUCGAUGAGAGCCAAAUGAUGGAGUGUCAGCAGCUCAAGAUGCAGCUUGAGCAUGAGUUAGACAUGUUGAGUGCUUACCAGAGUAAGAGCAAGAUGCAGGCAGAAGCACAGCGCAACAGGGAGAGACGGGAACUCGAAGAGAGAGUCGCCGUGAGACACGCCUUGUUGGAGCAAAAGAUGGAGUCUGAGUGUGCGCAGUUCCUAGCAGAGCGCGGUGAGCGCACGCGCAUGUUGCACGAGCGUCACGAGAGGGAACUUGAACAGUUUGACAGCGAGAGCGCUCGUCUUGGCUUCAGUGCAAUGGCAAUAGCAGAAGGCAGCCGAGAGGGUUACGGUGAAGAAGAGCAGUCUCUUUCGGGUUCGAUGCUCUCCCUCGCGCACAGCAACUCUUCAGCCAGCUUCCCGGCCGGAUCGCUGUAAACUGAGACUGUUACACCCUUUAGAUAGAUAAUACUUGCCUCUAGCUUCAGAAUUCCCAAAUCCUAACAGUGGGAACUCACCGGAUAACCUAUAAAUGCGAAAGUUAAACUUUAAGCUUAAACUAGACUUUAUUCGGAAUCUUGAAAGACAAUCGUAGAAGUCGCAGCUCAAGUUUUUAAAUAUUCAAAGGGAGUCAAUUGUCUCAAAUUCCUUUCGCAUUUCGUUCCGUUGCUACACAACCAUACAGGGUUAUAACGGUAUUAUUAACUAUAACUAUAAGUGCAACGGUAAAUUUUCGGUUCCAAUUAACAACUUACGGCAGGUAAGUUCAGUUGAUUGGAUAGGAAGCUUUUGUUAUAAGCCCUCCCGUUUCUCAAAUAUUGAAGGGUAGUAAAACAUUAUUUGUGGUUUAAAUACUAUUUUGAACGAUUUUAAUAACUCGGUAGUAUGUCAUAAUAUGUUAUAAUUCUCAUCUAUGCUCUAAUUUUAAAAGAAAGAUGAUCUAUAAUUGUUACACGCGUAGAAAUCUAAAAGUCUAGAGUUUGUGUAACUAAACUUUCUUUAUUAUAAAACUUGUCACAGAUUUAUAACCGUUAAAAUGUAGUGCAUGUUUAAUUUUAGAAGCACAAGUUGCUCAUUGCCAUAGCGUGCCAAAGUUCAGAUAAUUGUACCUACCCUUCUUUUUUUGAGAUUUUGAAACUACCUUCAUAAUUUUGUAAAUUUUAUUUGUCUUCCAAAAAUCGUCAGUAUUUAAAUUUCGGGGGCUUCUUAAGUUAACAGAAUUUUUUUUGUGGAUCGGUCGCUUUUGACGAUGUUUUGUAUUUUUUUUCGAGUUUAAUUAGGAUUGUUUACUGUUACGUCUUUGUAUAUUAGUGUGAUGGAUGACGUGAAAAUGACGCUUUUAGUAAUUUUAAAUCGGCUUCGUCGAUCUAGGCUUAA